GCAAUGCUUAUAGUUACUGCGAUCAGGAGUAAUAUGAACACUGUUAACAAUCUUCCUCCAAAUGGUGUUGUCAUUGCUGCACUAAUAAUAUUCGCAGUUCUUGGCAUUCCGUUAUCUAUAACCUACAGUGUUCCAUAUGCCAUGGUAUCUGCACGUAUUGAAGCUUUAGGCCUGGGUCAAGGAUUGUCCAUGGGGGUUUUGAAUCUGGCAAUUGUGAUUCCACAGGUAUAACCUGUUCUUGUUUGUUUUAUUAUGUAUACUUCACAUUGUUUGGAUUCAAUUUUCACGACCUGCCACCCUCUGUUGGGAUUGGGGCUGUUGGAUUUGUAUAAAAUGACAGUAAAUCUGUGCCUAUUAACACAAUAGGUAAAGAUAGACAACCACUAAAAUCAAUGGAACUUUUCCAUAAACUAAUCUCAAAUAUAAUAUUACUCUUUCACUGAGAAACUACAUGGGAAAUUCAUCAAAGCCGAUGUUUUAACUGUGAAACUAGCUAUUUUAG